AUGGCGGGGUCAGGCCGUCAGGUUGGUGCCAGUGUUGUGGCUCGUGGUGGCCGGUGGUGGCGGUUUUGGAAUUUGGAGGGUUUGGGUCAUUACAGAGCAAGCCUCAAUCCUUCAUGCUGGGAACGUCUCAUUUUUCCAGACAUUAAAAUUAGCUAUUCCAUUUUGUUUUUGAGUAAUGGUGGUAAAACAUUACAAUGGUUUCAUGACCCCAAGCUAGAAAGAUUUAUCCACCAAUAUCAAAUUGAUGAGAGUCAUUUCUCGACCACUGCGUUUAUUAAGUUUGUCGUCAAUUGUAGCAAUGGACAUGCUACUGCUCUCAGUCUACCUCCAUGUGCUUCAGAAACAGACUUGAAAUAUGUUUCAGAUGUGUGUGGUGACCUCAAGGCUGUUGGAUUGCCUGGGGAUUUAGUUAACGACAAAUCAGGUGUAAUAACAGAGCUGAUUGGUAAGUGGAAACGUUUGGAGUGGUUGAUGUUGGGAAGCAGCUAUGAUUUGGUGAAAAUCCUCUCACAGAUCAGCAUUCACUGCAAAGACUUUUGGGGCUUACGUGUGUCUAAUGCUGAUAUUUUUAAUGAUGAGGCUAUUGCAAUUGUCAACUUCCUGCCUAAGAUUAAGCCUUUGAUCUUGAGGAAGGCUGAAAUUGAUCGGGAUGCUCUUAUGAAGUUACUGCAAGGUUGCACGGAGCUUCGGGUUCUGGAUGUCAGUGAUUGUAUUGGUUUUAGUGAGGAUGAUGGGGAACUUUUAAAGCUUCCUUCUCAUAUUACUAAUUUCAGCUGCAAGGGCUCUAACGAUGAUGAUUUCUAUGAGGAAGACAGGAAUAUUUCUUAUUUUCGAAUCGGGUCGUGA